GAUCCAGCAGCUGCCUCCAUCUCGGACAGAGACUGUGAUCCCAGAGAGGGCGAGACCGUAGCCAUGAAUUACAAACCGUCUCCCCUACAAGUGAAACUAGAGAAACAGCGAGAGCUGGCUCGGAAGGGGUCCCUGAAAAACGGCACCAUGGGGAGUCCAGUUAAUCAACAACCCAAGAAGACCAACGUCAUGGCUCGGACAAGGCUGGUCGUUCCGAAUAAAGGCUACUCUUCAUUAGAUCAGAGUCCCGAUGAAAAACCAUUGGUGGCGCUGGACACAGACAGGUAGAUAUGGACUCAUAAAACUCACCUGUGUAAUUAUAUUGUUUAGAAGGUAUCAAAAUAAGAGCCGGAAGCGUCCUUGGAGGUCAUCUAGCUGACCCCCCCACCGAUCGAGCUGGAAACCCUACAUAGCGUUUCAGACAAACGGUUGUCCAAUCUCUUCUUUAAAACUCCCAGUGUUCGAGGCUUCAUAACUUCUGGAGGCAACUUCUGUUCCACUGGUUAACUGUCCUCGCUGAUAGGAA